UUUCCAAGAACGUAAGUAAUUAGCUUAGUGAAGAGAUUAGUCGAUCAUUAAAGUUAAGAGUGAGAUUAAAUCAAAGGUGAUCAUACUAUGGACGAUGUAUGGACUUUUUGUGUUAGAGGGUGUGGAUUUUAUGGAAGGACUGAUAAUGGAAACAUGUGUUCUAAGUGCUUUAAAGACUUUAUUUUGGAAGAAAUAAUAUGUGAAUCUCUAUCUAACAUUCACUUGAGUAGUAAUACUACUAGUAUUAUUGCUCCGAUUUCUACUACUGAUGAGAAUGAUGCUAUUACUAAUUCUCUUUGCGAUCAAUUUAAGAGUUUAAAAGUUACAACAAAUAGAUGCAAAUAUUGCAAUAAGAAAGUUGGAUUAACGGGGUUUACAUGUCGUUGUGGAAAUCUCUACUGCGGUUGUCAUCGCUUGCCUGAAACACAUGCUUGUACUUAUGAUUUCAAGGGUGCUGCUCGACAAAACUUCGAAUUGACUCUCAUUUGUGGUGAUAAAUUAGGAAGAGACUUUUAAUUUUGAACAUUAAUUUAGUAUUUUACACAAUUAUAUAACUUUUAAUAUUUUAAAGUAACUUUUGUAUCCAUUAGAUCAAAUAUUAUAUAUGUAGGGAUAUGAUUUUGUCCUAUUAUUGUAUUUUCACGGAUUGUAAUCCGUGAUGUACGGCAGCCGUCAGAUAAGAGAGUUAUUUGAUCUGAUGGCUGAGAUUGAUCUAGGGGUAAUUAUGGUUAAAAAGUAGAAACGUACCCGUACACUCAUUUAAUGUACCCUGAGACCCAUCUAAUGUACCACGGAAUACAUUCCGUGAAAGUACAUCACGGAACAAAAUCAUAUCCCUAUAU